GCAGAUGAAAUGUCUUCUCUUCCCAUAAAAUCCUCACUAUGUAAGAACUACAAUUAACCCCCUCCCCCAACACAGACUAACAGGAAGUGAAAGUUAAACCAGAAUAAAAACUGCGUCAGAGCAGAGGGGAAAAGACACACAGGACUGUCGUUGUCAUGGAAUUAAUUUGAAGAUGUAUUAAAAUAUCUGACAUAUAGCAGUUUAAAUAUGCAUCAAACAUGUUUUGAUAAACACACAGAAAUCUGACCAACAGUCACAGUCUCUUUACAGGAAACUUCUGCUUGAUUAAGAUCAGAGCAGCUCUGAUUCAAGAAAUCCCAAGUGUGCACGGAUAUCAAAAGUGGAACAUAACAGGAAAUAACAGGACAUUAAAACCUUAGUUACACAGAAACAUUGACGCACGAACCUGCAAGAUAAAAAAGAGACACAGAGUGUUGUCUCGCUCAGUGUUGUUCUGACUUUUGGAUUUGUCUAUCAUAUGUUUUUGAUACUUGCAAAAUAAAUCCCGCACAAGGCUGCUAUUCGAAUCUACCUGGUCGUCAGUUGUUUUUCUUUAAACAUUUUCUACAACAUCGUCUGGUGAAUCAAAUUAUUUCUUCUAACAACAUGGCUGUGUCUGACACAAAGAGGAUUGUCAUCUUGGGAAAAACUGGAGCUGGGAAAAGCAGCGUGGCUAACACCAUAUUUGGAGAGAAACUGUUCAAGAUUGGUGACACUGCCAAAUCUGAAACGAGUGUUUGUCAAGCAAAAACCAAAUCCGUCAACGGAAGAAGCAUCUCUCUGAUCGACACUCCUGGUUUCUUUGACACAGACAGACCUGAGGAGGAGCUGAAGGCUGAGAUAGUGAGGUGUAUCACAGAGUGCUCUCCUGGGCCUCAUGCUGUUCUCAUUGUGCUUAAACUGGAGAGGUUCUAAAAUCCUCCAAGAACACAAAUUUAAAUUUCCAAGUAUUUCAAUGAGUUCUCUAUAAAGGGCUACAGCAUGUAACGAGGCGUGACUAUUUCACUGUAGCCUGAGAUGUAAAUUUACCGUAGAACCUGAACACUAUUCAACUGUAUUGAUGUCGUAAACUUUAAAACGUUUAAGCGUAAAUCUUAAUUAAUUAACUGCACUCAAAAAAUUGUCAUGUUUUUUUAAAAAUACAGAUAAAAUUCA